UCUGAAUUUUGAUCACUGAGCAGAUACUGAUCAUAUUCAAGCAGCUAUAUAACAACCAAGUCUCUUGUCUGUGUGAGUUUGUUGCCGCCAAAUUACUUUCAACCAGAUGUCAAAUCAAAGGCUCUAAUUUUCUUGAACUUUAUUACAAUGGAGUCCUGACACACCUGAGACACUAGGUGACAUCUGUUCCUCCCCGAAGAGACGCAGGCUGAAAACCAGACGAUCACAUUCACCUUCCAAACCAAACUAAACCAAACUAGACGAAAUGUCUUGAGUGAGUCCAGCUACAGGACAGAAGAGUGAAACUACAACCUGCCGACGCUCCACAUACUUACCCUUCACCUGGAGACUCAAUGGCUUCCAGAUUAGAAGAGGAUCUCUGCUGUCCAGUCUGCCGUGAUGUCUUCAUAGAUCCUGUCAUUCUGUCAUGUAGUCACAGCUUCUGUAAAGUCUGUGUGAAGACCUGGUGGAAAGGCAAAGAAGUAAAACUGUGUCCACUUUGUAAGAGAAGAUCUUCAAGGUCAGAACCACCUGUUAGCCUGGUGAUAAAGAACCUGUGUGAGGCCUUCUUACAGGAGAGAGAUCAGAGGUCUUCACAUAUUCUCUGCAGUCUGCACUCAGAGAAGCUCAGACUCUUCUGUCUGGACCAUCAGGAGCCAGUGUGUCUCGUCUGCCGAGAUUCAGAAAAACACGCCGACCACAGAUUUAGACCCAUCGAUGAAGCUGCACAACAACCCAAGAAGCAGCUUCAGGAAACUCUGGAGCCCUUGAAGAAGAAGUUACAGUGUUUGGAACGUGUUAAAGCAGAGUUUGAACAAACAGCAGAACACAUUAAGCUCCAGGCCCGACACACAGAGAGGCAGAUCAAGGAGCAGUUUAAAAACCUUCAUAAGUUUCUGGAGGAGGAAGAGGCGGCCAGGAUGGCUGCACUGAGGGAGGAAGAGGAGCAGAAGAGUCGAAUGAUGAAGGAGAAGAUUGAGGCUCUGAGCAGAGACAUAACAGCUCUUUCAGACUCAAUCAGAACCACAGAGGACGAGCUGAGAGCUGAAGACGUCUCGAUCCUGCUCAACUACAAGGCUGCAGUGGAACGAGUCCAGCAGCGCCCCCUGCUGGAUGACCCACAGCUGGCGUCAGGAGCUCUGAUAGACAAGGCCAAACAUCUGGGCAACUUGAGCUUCAACAUCUGGAACAAGAUGAAGGACAUGGUCUCCUACAGUCCUGUGGUUCUGGACCCAAACUCUGCACAUCCAGUACUCGCCCUGUCUGAAGAUCUGACCAGUUUGAGAGGAGUAGAGAAACAGAAGCUUCCUGACAAUCCAGAGAGGUUUGAUCAUUUCUUCUCAGUCCUGGGGUCUGAGGGUUUUAACUCAGGGACUCACAGCUGGGACGUCCUGGUUGGAGACAGUAUUUACUGGUUACUGGGUGUGAGAGCAGAGCCUGUCCAGAGGAAAGGAGACAUACUGUCUGGAUCAUGGGGUGUAUGGUUCUAUGAAGGUGAAUACUCAGCAUGGUCACCAUCAACAUCAUCUGUUCUCUCUGUGCAGAAGAUCAAGAGGAUCAGAGUGAAACUGGACUGGAACAGAGGAGAACUGUCGUUCUCGGAUCUCGAUACUAACAAACACAUUCACACCUUCACAGACACUUUCACUCAAAAGAUGUUUCCAUUCUUUCACAUGAGAGAUCACAUGAAGCUGUUACCUGUGAAUGUCUCUGUGACGCUGGAUCAGAGCAGUUAGAGAUAAAAGAUUUUAU